AUGCUCCUUCACGAAGACCACGAUGCUUCAUCACCAUCCAGAAACUCCUCCCCUGAUGUCGUCCUUAUGGUGUCCAAUCCAGACAUCGGACGAGUGGAUAGAGGAACCAGUCCUCACCCAAGCAAUGUUGGACGAGUUGAUAGAGGAACCAGUCCUCACCGUCCAGAGCCCGCCGUCGUCACCCUCACUCCACACCUCAAUAACUUCUCAGAUGACGACGCCGAGGACUACGCCAAGUUCAAAGAAAGGGAAAGAACUCGCCGACCGUCACCUCAGGGGGCCCCACGAAAUGCAUCACGGAAUGAAAACCCUGAUGACAGAAACCUACCGGGCUCUGACGAAGUACCAGUGGGAGUUCCACCUCCUACUACAAUCGCGGCGAGCAUUGGAGCUGCAGGUCCCUCGGGACUACGAGCAAGAACAACAGCUCAACUCCCAGGCCAUGGAGAAACUGAAUCGAUACCAGUUAUACAGGGAGCUACACCUCCGCCAGUACCAACUGGUGGACCGAUUCCCCGCUCCAUGGGAAGAACUACCCUUGCCAUGGCCCUACAACGACUCACUAACUUUGCUGCAGGGCAACCCGGGAAUGAGCAUAGCGACAUACCUCGACGACUGGCUAGUGCCAGUCUCCAGAUCAGAGGACUCGCCCUCCAAACAGACCCUGACACCGCCUCUUGGUAUGAACAUAACGACGGACGACCACGAGCUCUCCUCAUCCAUCCCGACGAAUUCUCCCAGUAUGUCAACAGAGAGCUCCUUCCAGCUCUCCUCUUCACCGGAGAACUGGGCGCCAUCCAACCAAGUAGAACCGACCCUUUCCGCAUUGUCGUCUGGAAUGUACCACGUCCCGGAGAAUGUCCCACGGCUGUACCAAAUCCAAGAAGGACUCCGCACACGGUUGUGGAACGCCCUUCACCGAGGCCACGGGAAAGUCGUACAGCACAUAGCAAUCCCACGACGUCCUCCUCUCACCGGGCACGAAAUUUUCCCUUAUCCCAUGGGGGAACCCAGGCAACCCUCCGCCGCGGAACAACUACUGGCAGGAGUGUUCGACACCGGCCUGGAACGCCUCCUCCUAGUGCUCGAUUUCGUACAGACGAGGGACAGAAUAACCGAAGUAGCCGCAGAACUCGCCGCGCUGAUUCGGAGGCUAGAAGAAAUCGCUCUUGGACUCGAUCCGAGCUCGAUGCAUGGGAUGCUUUAGACGACCCCGGAAAUUAUGACGACGCCGAUCCUUAUUAUUGGCCUGAUGAAGGAGGCGACGGGUACCAAGGACCCUACGACUACUAG